GCGAGCUAGCGCACGCGCGACUUGUUUCUGCCCGAGCAUGCAAAAGAUAGCCUUGCUUUGCGCGGUACGGCCCUCUACACACGCGACAGUUUAUGCAUGGUGUUUUGAGCAUGCUGCACGUCGAUUCGUAGGAGAGAAUUGAAGAUUGCCAGCCGGUUCAGACAUGUAGGCGUCUUGCGCCUGGCACUUGCGACGACGUCAGGCUCGAUCCGCCGCGCUUGUGACCACAACAAGAUCAAGAUGAGUUCGCCUUCGCUGCCGUCCUUGUCGGACAUACAGCCCGUGACGCGGCCCCGGGGCUUCGUCACUGCUAGAUCUGUACUGGCCGACCUUGAGUUGCAGAGCAAUCACGACAGCGAGCCGCCAGAAGCAAUUGCCCCUCCUGAUAAGCCAAAGAGAGGACGGCCAAAAAAAGCAGCCAACCCAGACGAUGCUCCCCCCAAACCGCGAGCUCGCAAGAAGGCAAUCGCCAAUGGAGUAUCGGAUGUUGGCGAUAUAGACAAAACCACUGCAAAACCCAAAGCGCGCAAGAGACAGGCUGCCACGACGGAUGUUCAGGAAGGCGCGUCAGAGGCACCUCCUGCUCCCAAAAGAGGUCGUCCGAAGAAGGCUCCUGCCAUUGAAGAUGCGACGACACUUGCUACAACCACAGCGGAUGCGUUGGAGACAACGAAGCCAGUCGCAAAGCGAGGGAGAAAGAAGGCUAUCGAGUCUACAGAUGCUCUCGAUGCCACCGUAGAGAAGCCAAAGCCGCCACCAAAGCCUCGGAAAACAAAGGCUCCAGCCAAAACAAAGCCAAGCUCCGACGAUGCGACCACGGUCUCCGACGGGUCUGCUCUUCCUGUCGCAGAGGCAUCGGGCCCUGCUGCACAACCCGUUGUACAGGCCGAAACAUUGACCGAGGGACUCGAUCUUGAUGCAGCCCCCAGGCGUAGACGAGACUGGACUCCACCGACCGAAUCUGCCUUACCUCCAUCGUUCCAGCGAAGUAGCGACAACUCGCCCGAUCCCGAACCUGGUCCAGCAGACGCUCAAGUGGAUGAGGACGCUGCGGUUGAAACUUCGGCGCCGUUGGACUUCACGAAACUGAUGGGCGACUUUGGUUAUCAAGAAGACAACCCAAGGCCGCCUCCAUCUCUGUCUCGGAACUCGAGCGAUGCUGCCACCACCAAACGCAAACGUUUAGACACUGUUGAUGUCGCUGCGCCGGAAGAACCAAAGAAGCGCAAAAAGAAGGAUACACAGCCGAAGGAGCCGAAGCCCAAACCGCCUAAGAAGCCAAAGGCCCCCAAGAAGAAGCCACUCACCAUUACCGCUCUUGCCACAGCUGCCUACCUCCCGCAACCCGUCAAUGCCAACGAGGAUCAGACCAAAUUGAUUUCGGACUUUUUCCCACAACCACAGGCUGGUUCUGCCACUCUUCCUGCUGCUGAAACCACGACUUUCACAACAACCGGAAUUCCCAAGGGGAAAGCCGCUGAGGACAAGUCAGCACCGAAAAGGAAAAGAGCAAAGAAAGUACAAAUCACUGUGCCCGAGGUCCACAUCAAGCUAGACUCCCCAAUAGCAGCUGCUGAGAACAUGAAGAGACAACAAUGGCUGUUUGGAAGCUCGAGUCAAUUGGCUGGCGCCGAGUCCCCUACUGAGCUCCGCGACCUUCAGCGGGCACUCAAGGAGUCCGAAGAGAUGGUUUCCUCUCAACACAUGGAUAUUCUGCAUGCGACCAGUUAUGCUCACGUGCCAUCUGCUCCGCACGGGACCAGUCUUUCCAUUGGACAAGCCAACAGAGUACUAUGGAUGUCUGCUGCUAGAGACUUCGAGGAUUCUACCUUCGCAUCUGACGAAAAUCCCGAUACUGGUGAUCGAGGGUUUGUGAGUGAGGAAUUGCUACUGCCUGAACAUGUCAAGGCUGCUUCUGAGCCGUGCCAGCUGCAGGAGAGCAACCCACCGAUCGAGGUGUUGACGAUAUCUUCGUCGGCUCCGAAUCAGGUUAAUUCGCCUGACUCUGGAUUUGUAGACAUUGAUCAACUUGCUGGUGGUUCGCCUCGAGCAUGCUCUGUGGCCGAAAGACCUGGACCGGAGUUGACGAUAACUAAGGAAGCACCAACCGUUGUCCCCACAUCGCAUGAGAUCAUCUCCCUGGAUACAACUCCAGAAACAGAAGUUGUCCCUCGGCGUGCUCUUGGUGCCCGUGACCCAAACCAAAAUAUGAGUAGAAUCAUGGUCGAUCCCGAGAGCAAUGAGUCUGUCGUCUCUCCGAAAAAGACUGUACCUGAACCAUUUGUGGUUUGUCUGGAUUCGCCGGACAAGAAACCUCGUGGUCGGUCGCGAAAAGUGACAAGCAGCGCAGCUCCGGAUAAAUCAUCUAUCAUGGUCAGAAAGGUAGUUGAUGCUUCAACUACUACCAGAGAGGAUGCGAGACAACGAUUCCUUGCUGCUGCAAGUCCAACGCCGAUCUACCUCCCAUUAUCCCAGCAGGCGCUGCGAGAGAGACCGUCUAGCCCAAGUCCUCUGUCGUCGUCCAAACCGAGAGGAAGGCCGCCGAAAUCAGGGCCCGGUCCGAGGCAUGCGUCUCCAGCACGACCAAGAGGUCGACCGCGAAAAUCUCCUAGCCCAAGCGCUUUACCUGUCUCAUCGCAACUUCGCAGAGCGCCCGCCGUCACCGGUGUUUCUUCUCAACAUGCCGCAAUCGUCGAGCCCUCAUCCGACUACCUCGACAUCGACGCAAUCUCAGAUGUAGAGAUGGCUUCCCAUGCUCCAUCUCCGCCGCGACGGCUACCCAACUCACCUCCGAAAGCAACAUUAGAGUUCGACAUACCGCCUCCACCACCCCUUCCCACCGCAGCGACUUCGGCUAUUCGAUGCAGUGCUAAGCAGCUUCAGGCUGAGUGGUCCGUCAUUGCUGUAACACUGUUCCCUAGAAUUACAAAGACUGUGCGUUCUACGCCUCCGAGUCGUGACCACAAAGCUCCCACGUGGCAUGAGAAGAUACUCUUGUACGACCCCAUCGUUCUAGAAGACCUUACCUCAUGGCUGAAUAGCCAAGGUAUUAGGAUAGAGGUCUCUGUACUUAGGGGCAAGGGAAAGAAGAAGGCUGGCGAGGCAGAGGACACCAUGGAGACAGUGCAUGAAGAACUUCAGCCUUGGAUGGUCCAAAAAUGGUGCGAGGAGCAUUCUGUAUGUUGUUUGUGGAAAGAGGGGCUAAGGGGAGGCGUCAGGCAGAAGUAUUGAGUACCUGUUGCGUUUCGGAAUAUUCUUAUUGCAUUGGGCCGGAUUAGAACCACAGGGGGCGCGCCGUCAGCGACAACUGAUUUAAACACAUCAUCAUGGAAGUCACUGGUUGUUCAUCCAUUCGACAUGCCGCCUCAUGUUCUGGAUUCUCUGAUCUAUCAAAGCUAGAGGUAGUGCAAUCGUCAUCCUAAAACCUGCUCGGCACGGGUCGAGCGUUGGCUUGUUCCUGAGAUAUUUUGUCACCAUCGAAUAUUCACUACUCUCAACAGCGUUUGUACGUACAGAAACUGACAAGAGCAUUUAUCAGGGACACAAUAGUCGUACGAUAUCGCAAUCACCUAAGAAGAACUUUAGCUGCUUGUUCUAUGCACUGUGGGAGAUCGGAGUUGUUUGGAGCCA